AUUAAUUUUACUUAAUUUUACUUUUUAUGUUUGAUAUUUCUUUCAUAUACAGUCGAAACACACUUCGACUGUAUAUGAAGUCUUUUCAACUGUCAGAGAAAAUAUUUAUGGUGAUGCUUGCUCGGUCCCUGACUUUAAUGUAGGUUAAAACACCAUAAUUAUUCAAAAAUGUUCUCAGUUUUAGAUCCUUUGAGCGUUGUGCCUGUAGUUUAACUGUAUUCUGGAAGUAGUCGAGAUUACUCUUUUAUUAUCUGUCAGUUCCACAUUUUGACCAGCGGAGGGAGGCAAACUCUUCAGUCAGAACCUGAAUCAAUCUGAGCACAUUUACUGGUCAAAGAUGGAAGUUAAAAUUAUUAUCUUAAUCCAGAGGUUUAACGAAAGGAAGAGGAGAAGAGAAAUAAAGCGAAACAAAAAUACGACUUUGCAUAAAGUAUGGAUAAAAGGAUGAAGAAACCAUGAAUGCGCCUGGACUUAGAGGGACAAAAGGUAAUGCAAUGUACCACCUGAGCUGCAUGUGUUUGAUCUGUGGUACCGACUUCAGCUAAGCAUGUUUUUGAUCUUUAUGUGGAUCAGUAACUUUAUUGUCAUCAGUCCUUCUUGAGGACCUCAGUUGACUUUGAGGCAGUUAUUUGUGGUUAAGUGGCCGGUGUUGUGUGUCUGUCACAAGUGGGUGUUUGUGAACCACCCAGCAGGAUCUAGACUGUGGGCAGGCAGCUGGGUCGUUGUGGAGAUGACAGAGCAGGAGGCUAAAUGUCAAAGGAUGAAGAUGAAAUCACACCAUGGCAAAACAGGAUGUACCGGGUGCCCCUUGUUUGAAGAAAAUAUGAACAGGAAGCUGACGGGGAGCUCCAAACACGAUUCCUUCAGAUGCCGGCGGCUCACUGAGUGACAUGCCUGAGGAGGAUUUUUAGUGACAUUUACUAACCGACGUGAUGGAUUACCAGCAGAGGGCCGCUCUGGAUAUCUCCACCAAGAACCCUCAGGACGACUUCGAGAUCCUGCUGAGGGUCGGAGGAGGAACCUAUGGAGAAGUUUACAAGGCACGAAACAAGCAGAAUGGAGAGCUGGCGGCUCUUAAAGUCAUCAAGAUGGAGCCAGAGGACGAUUUUUCCAUCAUCCAGCAGGAGAUCAUCAUCGUAAAAAGCUGCAAACAUCCCAACAUCGUGGCGUAUUAUGGCAGCUACAUACGAGCGAAUAAACUGUGGAUCUGUAUGGAGUUCUGUGGAGGAGGAUCCCUGCAGGACAUCUACCACGUGACUGGUCCUCUGUCUGAGCCUCAGAUCGCCUACAUCUGCAGGGAGAUGCUGCAGGGCCUCGACUACCUUCACGCACAGAAGAAGAUCCACAGAGACAUAAAGGGCGCCAACAUCCUGCUCAACGACCAGGGCGAGGUCAAACUGGCUGACUUUGGGAUCUCAGCUCAGAUCACGGCGACUCUGGCUCGCAGGAUGUCGUUCAUCGGGACACCGUACUGGAUGGCGCCAGAGGUGGCAGCGGUGGAGAUAAAGGGCGGCUACAAUGAGCUGUGCGACGUCUGGUCCGUCGGUAUCACCGCCAUCGAGCUGGCGGAGCUGCAGCCGCCAAUGUUUGACGUCCACCCGCUGCGAGUUCUGUUUCUCAUGUCGAAGAGCGGCUACCAGCCUCCCAAACUGAAGGACAAAUCCAAAUGGUCGUCCAUGUUUUAUAACUUUGUGAAGGCGAUGCUUGUGAGGAACCCCAAGAAGAGACCCAGCGCCUCCAAGAUGCUCUCACACAUGUUCCUGACCCAGCAGUGUCUGAACCAGGAGCUGACCCUGGACCUGCUGGAGAAAUACCGACACCCUGAGAAGCUGAAGACCUGCCUGACGGAGGACGAGGAGAUGGAGGUGGGAGUUCCUGGAUCUUUAAGGCGGAUUCAGUCCAUCAACAAACACAACCGGGCAGAGAGGACCAACUCCGACAUAAGCUUGGAACAGAUCUACACUCAGAGGCCUACGAAGACCGAAUCACCGAAUGUAACGUUAAGGGCUUCGUCAGAAUGGAACAGAAGCAGCAAGAGUUCAACAAGGGAGCCGGAUUCGAACUCGGACGAUGACGACUACGACGACGUGGACAUCCCGACGAUACAGGCCACCGGACUCAUAAUGCCGCCGGACGAAACGCCGCCUCCACUUCCUCCAAAGCCUAAAGCGAGGACCAGCUCAGAGGAGAGUAUGGCGUCUGAGGAAGAUAGAUCCAGGAAACCCUGCUCCCUUUACGCCCCCUCACCUCUAAUCAGGACCUCCAGCGGGACUCAUGCCCGACCAACGCCUCAUCCACGACCCUCCAGACAUUCAGACCCCAUGUCGUUACCCGUCCAGCUGAGCGACAGCCCAGAACACCUGCUUCCUCCUGAACUCCCUCCUAAAGGCAUCCGCAGACGGCAGCUCCCAUCGAAGGAUCCUGCUGAGUGCAUCAGUCCGAUUAUGAAGAAACUUCCUGUCUACUUUAAGAAGAUCUUCCACGGCUGUCCUCUUAAAAUAAACUGCUCCACGACCUGGGAGAACCCUUCCUCCAAAGACCAGCACCUGAUCCUGGGAGCAGAGGAGGGAAUCUACACCCUGAACCUCCACGGCUCUGAGGCCACCAUGGAGCUGUUGUAUCCUGGGAAGUGUACCUGGGUCUACACCAUCAAUAACAUCCUCAUGUCCGUUUCAGGUAAAUCAUCGCAGCUUCACUCCCACCUGUUGAAGGAGUUGUACGAACACGCUCGAAAAGAGAGGAUGGUUCCUUUACCGACUCAUAGACUGUUACCACGAAAAAUGGCGGUGACGAGUAAAAUCCCCGACACCAAAGGCUGUAAGACCUGCUCAGUAGCAGGGAAUCUGCAGAGAGGUUGUGUCUUCCUGUGUUGUGCUCUGGAGUCCAGUGUGAUGCUGCUGCAGUGGUACGAGCCCAUGCACAAGUUCAUGCUAAUUAAGCAUUUCGACUUUCCGCUGCCCAACCCUCUGCGGGUGUUUGAGAUGGUGACGGUUCCUCAGCAGGAGUAUCCUCUGGUCUGCAUCGGCGUCUCCAGAGGCUCCAGCCCAAACCUGCCAGUCCACGUAGAAUACAUCAACCUCAACUCCAACACGUCCUGGUUCACCAACUCUGGCCUCGAGAAACCUUGUCCAGAUGUUGUUCAAGUCAACCAGCUGGACAGCAGCUCACUGCUUGUCCUCAUGGAAAAAUCAGUUCACAUAGUCGGUCUGGAAGGAGAACUGAAGAGCAGCAGACCUCACGAGACCAUCUUCUCUCACGAAGUCGAGUCUAUAGUGUAUUUUGAGGACACCCUGUUGGCUGUUUGGCGUCACGGCUGGCAGAGGAGAGGGAAAGUUUCCAGCGAGGUUCUGGAGGAAAACAUCGACCACAGGAAGAUCUUCAGACUGGUGCAGUCAGACAGGAGGGUCGUCUUGGAAACGCAUCCCACCGAGGACCAGUCGGGUUUGUCCAACCUGUACAUCCUGGAAGUCGCCGAGAACUAUGUCAUGCUGCCCUGAGCGUCCCGCCAGCUGGAGCAGGGCAUCAUGGGAGACUUCCGGCUCUGUAUAAACGUCUGCACCGGGAAGGAUUUCAAACGUCUGGAUGGAGGAGGAAAUGUUGACAUGGUGUUCCAGGUUGAUUGUUGCUGCCUUCGUCCCUCCGUCUGAAGGGAAACUGCUCUUAUUUAUGCUUUUGUGGUUUGUGGAGGGGCUUGGAAGCAGCUAGGAGAUCCCCGAUACGCGUCCCGGUUAAACUCCUGCAUGGAGUUUGCAUGUUCUCCCUGUACACGUGUGGGUUUUCUCCGGGUAUACAGUCCAAAAACAUGCUCAGGUUAAUUGGUGUUUCUAAAUUGUCCGUAGAUGCGACCCUUAUGAGGGUUAAACGAUGUAUAGAUGAUGGAAGAAUGGAUGGUGGAGAAUCCAGACAGCUGAGAAACUAGUGAAGGAAGACUCUCCUCCAACACUAAGAGGAGUCUCUGCUGAUUGAAACUGAUGCUCCGCCGUGUGUUUGUGAGCCGAGCUUGUUUUCAGUGUUGGAUUAAAGUUUUACUGCUGUAAUAAACGUAAUUGACACAAAC